AUGAACAGUCCCUCAGUGAGAUCAGGCCUCGGAGGCGACACUCCGGCGCACGGACCUUCUUCAGUUCUCGGUCUGUUUUUUACAGUGAAACUGAAGAACCCGGUGAGUUUCAGGCGGCCAUGGCGGUCCUUCUUCUGUUUUGGGAGUUCACGGCGGUCCUGGAUCCGUCCUCGGUCCUGGAUCGAUCAUGGGACCCGGCAGCUUGAUGGGUCCCAAUUCUCUUGUCCAACAUUCUUCCAACGCUCAACAUUUGCAUGGUUUGUUUAUUUUUUAUCAGGUAACGAAGAUGAAAAAUAAAAGAGUUUGUGAUUUGUUGUGUCAAACUGAGUGUAGAAAUUCAGAAUUAAUCAAGCAAAGCUUCUGAAAGUGUCUGACUCAGACGUUAUGAGCUAUCCGCUGUUAAUUACCCUGUAACGUGAACAGACGGAAGCUUUGCCCGCCUGAGCAGAAACGUCCUCGAGUUGUUGAAAAACACGCCAUUUCUGUUGUUCAAACACGGUUUUUUCGUUUUUCAAAUUGUUUCUGGUCUCAAAAAUCUUUCUAGUAGCCAAGUAUUUGAAGGAGAAAAACCUUUCCUACGCUCAUGGUCCAUUCAGUUUCGAAUGAGUACAGUGUUCUUUAUUCCAAAAAGUCUGUUAAGGCCCUCAAGGUGGAUCGAUGAUGGGAAUGAGCAUGAGCAAUGUUGGAAGUAUUCCUGGCAGCGCUCACAACAACCUCAACAUCAACCCUUCCUCUAUAAUCAAUGUUGGGGGCAACCCUGGCUCUAUUCUCCAGGUUUUUCAAGCAUAGCUUUGGAAAAAAAUUAGAUCGUCUCGCAACUUAAUGCCUUGUUGUUGCCUUGUUCAAAGUGAUUCCGCGGAAUUAAUGCCUUGUUAAUGCCUUGUUCAAAGUGAUUCCGCGGAAUUAAAAAUAUCUGUGAUAACUAAAAAAUAACUAAAGAUAACUAACAUAAGCAAAGUUGGAAGGGUGGGAAAGGCUCCAGAGAAAUUGACCUUUUAGGGUGAGAAAGGCUCCUUUUUUGCGCCAUUUCAUCGGCUCUUAUGCACCAUUUUUGCUGCCUCUUCACUUCUCCACCAUUUCUUGAGCCUUUAAAAUCCCAAAGUAUCCUAGACUCGAUAAAGGGAAUUUUUUGCUGCCUUUCUGCGGUUUUUUAGCCUCUUUGUUUUAGCGGCCGUUAUCCACCAUUCCGACUUUGCCCGAGUAAAAGAUAACUAAAAAAAAAAAAACAAAAAUUGGGAGGAUCAAACAAGUUUUUCAUUUCACCGAAAUCAAUUUGAACGCCGCAUAAGAAUACUCAUAACGCAUGCAAACUCGUCUACAUUAUGAUGAUUUCCCCCUCAAUUCCUCUUGCAGGACAUGAAUCCUCCAUCUGUAUAUCAGAGCUUAGCCGUGCCGAUGACUCCUCUUCCAGUUGAGCACGUUAGUUUUUCUCCAUUCUGUCCGAAAAGCAUGGGAGUCUCGGUUUUGCAGUUCCGCGAAGGUCUCAAUAUUCCGCAGAGCAGCAUUCCCACUGCGAUGAUGCCGCAGACGCCAGCCAGCGCCCUCGAUAUUCCUAUGCCGAUGCUUCAGAACAUUGUGUCCACUGUGAACCUCGGUACGGACAUUCUCCGCAACUCUCACCGUAUAUCGAUUCUAGGCGUUCCAUUGGACCUGAAAAACAUCGCACUUCACGCUAGAAAUGCCGAGUACAAUCCGAAGCGUUUUGCUGCGGUUAUCAUGCGUAUUAGAGAGCCUCGAACCACCGCCUUGAUUUUUUCCAGUGGCAAAAUGGUCUGCACUGGAGCCAAGUCCGAAGAAGCUAGCCGGUUCGAAUGAAAAAUAUCAGACAAAACAUUUUUUCUGUCAGAAAUGCCGCUCGAAAGUAUGCGAGAAUCGUUCAGAAGUUGGGAUUCAAUGCAAAGUUCACUGAAUUCACGGUUUUUAGAACAACGUUUUCAAAUAUUCAAAAAAAAAAAUCAUUGGAGGUGCAAAACAUGGUGGGAUCUUGCGACGUGCGAUUUCCGAUUCAACUCGAAGGCCUCUGCCUGACUCACGCGCAGUUCAGUACUUACGAGCCAGAGCUUUUCCCUGGCCUUAUCUACAGAAUGGUCAAACCCCGUGUCGUUCUUCUCAUUUUCGUUUCUGGAAAGGUUUUCUUUUUUUUUCAUCACUUUUUUUUGGUAUUCAUUCAAAAAAAAAUCCCCAUAAUCACUAAAUAUAUUUUCAGUAGGAAUUUUCUCUCAAAUUCUAUGUGUACAAACGAAAAAAAAAACUUCUCCAUUGCUCGUUUUUUCACGCUAUGUACCUCAAAUCUUCUCCCAGGACUCUACGUGAUCUCCCUCCGCUGUUUCAUACCAACUUCACUAAGAAUAACUGCCGAGAUAAACGCGAGACACUGGCGGUACAUUGACGAGCUCGCAAAUAUCUCGCUUUUUUUCUCGCGCCGGUCUCGCAUUUUUCUGGGCGCGAGCUCGCAUUUUUCUAGGCGCGAGCUCGCAUUUCUCUCGCAAUUUGAAAAUUUCCGAAAUGCAAGAUAAAUGCGAGAUGGCGCCGAGAAAAAUGCGAGGUCGCGCCGAGACAAAUGCGAGAUCGCGCCUAGAAAAAAGCGACAUUUUUGCGAGUUCGUCAAUGUACCGCCACCGACCUCGCGUUUAUCUCGUCAGUUAUUCUUAGUGUUCAAAUCAAGCUUUGUUCGAAAAAGUUCAUUCAAUUCUUUUUCGUUAUCAAACUUUGAAAAAGGAAGAAUAUUCGGGUGUCUUGAAUAGCUUUUAUAUAAGUUGUUAGGAGAGAUGUGUACUCAGAAAAUGAACUCAAAGCCUAAAACUCACUUUCUUGCAUGAUAAAUGAGUAUUAGACUUGUUGUUUUCAGGUCGUGAUAACUGGAGCCAAGACGAAAAAGGACAUUGACGACGCUUUCAGCCAGAUUUAUCCUAUUCUCAAAGGUUUCAAGAAAUGA